UUUCUAAUAGACGAUCUGCGUGCAGCCGGCCGCUCGGCGCUCAUGCCCGCUGUGUUCUCUGACUCCGGGAGGAUGGACGGUGUGUCGUUGGGUCUGGUUGCCACACCGGCCUCACCGCGUCCACCAUGUGCCACCGAUUCAGAAGAGGACACGGUGAAUGGAGGGAUGCACACCUUCAACCAGACGCACAUGAGGAAAGCGUUUCAGUUGAUGAACGACCUGAGGAGUAAAAAGAUGCUGUGUGACGUCCAGCUGGUAGCCGGGAGCGUUGAAGUGCCAGCUCACAGGGUGGUCUUGGCGUCCUGUAGCCCUUACUUCUGUGCCAUGUUCACAGGUGAUAUGAGUGAGAGUAAAGCUCACCAGGUGGAGAUCAGAGAGGUGGACGGUCAGACUCUGAGAAAACUGGUCGACUAUAUUUACACAGCAGAGAUCGAGGUCACAGAGGACAACGUCCAGGUACUGCUGCCUGCAGCCAGCCUCCUCCAGCUGAUGGAUGUGCGUCAGGUUUGUUGCGAAUUCCUGCAAUCUCAGCUUCAUCCCACCAACUGCUUGGGCAUCAGAGCCUUUGCUGACCUGCAUACAUGCACACAGCUUCUCAACCAGGCUCAUGCUUACGCUGAGCAGCAUUUUACUGAUGUGGUGCAGGGCGAGGAGUUUCUGAGCCUUUCUCUGCAGCAGGUGUGCAGCCUCAUCUCCAGCGACAAACUCACCGUGUCAACAGAGGAAAAGGUGUUCGAGGCAAUGAUAUCGUGGAUCAAACAUGAUAAACCAGCUCGUCUGGAAUACAUGCCCAAACUAAUGGAGCAUGUGAGACUUCCACUGCUUUCCAGAGAUUACCUGGUACAGAUUGUAGAGGAAGAAGCUUUGAUAAAGAACAACAACACUUGUAAAGAUUUCCUCAUAGAAGCAAUGAAGUAUCACCUGUUGCCUGCUGACCAGCGUCACCUCAUAAAGACUGAUAGGACGCGACCACGAACUCCGAUCAGCAUCCCAAAGGUGAUGAUUGUAGUGGGUGGUCAGGCUCCCAAAGCCAUCCGCAGCGUGGAGUGUUACGACUUCCAGGAAGAUCGUUGGUACCAAGUGGCCGAUCUGCCCUCUAGACGCUGCCGGGCAGGUGUGGUUUCCAUGGCGGGCCGAGUGUUUGCGGUUGGAGGUUUCAACAGUUCGCUGCGGGAGCGUACGGUGGACGUGUACGACGGCACAAGAGACCAGUGGAGUGCGGUGUCGAGCAUGCAGGAGAGACGCAGCACGCUGGGAGCCGCUGUGCUGGGCGAUUUACUGUAUGCUGUGGGAGGCUUUAAUGGAAGCAUAGGUUUGUCAACAGUCGAGGUUUACAACUAUAAAACCAACGAGUGGACGUACGUCGCCUCCAUGAACACCAGACGCAGCAGCGUGGGUGUAGGGGUGGUUGAUGGUAAACUGUACGCAGUAGGGGGUUAUGAUGGUGCAUCACGCCAGUGUCUCAGUACAGUGGAAGAAUAUGACCCAGUCUCUAAUCAGUGGUGCUAUGUAGCUGAGAUGGGCACACGGCGAAGUGGAGCAGGUGUGGGUGUGUUGGGUGGUCAGCUGUAUGCAGCAGGAGGCCAUGACGGUCCUCUGGUGAGAAAGAGUGUGGAGGUGUACGACCCACAGACCAACACCUGGAGGCUGGUCUGCGACAUGAACAUGUGUCGACGAAACGCAGGUGUUUGUGCCAUUAACGGGCUGCUGUAUGUGAUCGGUGGAGAUGACGGGUCCUGCAAUCUGUCCUCUGUAGAGUUUUACAACCCAGCCACAGACAAGUGGAGCCUCAUUCCCACCAACAUGAGCAAUGGACGAAGUUAUGCUGGAGUCGCAGUGAUUGACAAGCUGUUAUGACGGCAUCUGCUCCGCAUCAGCGAACUGAAGCUCAGCAAGCAAUCGGGAAAGCGGAACAAACACGAGACGUUCUCAGUCUUCAGCUAACGCGAUCGGAAAUGAUUUUAUUAUUAUAUAUAUUUUUUUUUUUAGGGGGGUACAUCUGUUUUGUUUUGUCAUUUCAAUUCAAGCUGUGUCAGAUCCUGUUUGAGGGCAGUGUUGCACUGGAUAAGAAGCAGCAGCCACAGGAGAGUGGGCUUUUUCAAAUGCUAAGCACACAACCAGCAGCUGUAAUGAGACUCAAAGGAAGGAAGUGAUCCUAGUGGACCAAAUGGAGACGUACGGUUUUCUGUUUUGGAGAAUUUCCUGGAGAAUUAAAGCUUUGAAACAUCAGCUGAGGAAGGAAAAAAGAAACACUCACCCAGCAACUCUGCUCAACUUUAUUCUGAGGAGUUGAGCUGGUUCGCCUCCAAGAAUCCUGGACCCGGAGAGCUGCACAGUUAGUGUAAAGAAUGUAUAAAAUAUGCAAAUUAAGAGUGAUAUUUAAUAUUUUUAGGGGCUCUGACCUGGGCCGGUCGAUGGGACUUUGCUGUUGUCGACACACUACUGAAGCACUGAUCACUUGCACUGACUGACGCAGAGCGGCGGAGCGGACACACCGACCAACCUCUCUCUGACCAACGAACUUGAUCGCUCAGCUGUUUCUGAUCGCACUCACAGGAGCUUUUACAUUCACUUCUUACAGGCCAAUAAUUGUAAAAAAGAACUGUAUGCCAGUUUGAAUCGUAAUCAAAAAAAUGCUGGAGAUGUUUUUACCGCUUAAGUAAAUUAAGAAUCGAUCGUGUCAAAAAUGCACUGUAGUAAUUCAGCUGUAAUGUGUAAAACAUGCAGAUUUAACAUUUUAUUUAUUAUUAUUAUGAUUAUUAUUAUUAUUAUUAUUAUUAUUAUUAUUAUUCCGGCAAAUGAAUUGGCCGUUUGAGGGCCUAAACAUGCUCGAAAACUCAUGAAAUUUUGCACACGUGUCAGGUCUGGUGAAAAUUUACGUAUUUUAAUGUUCUCAGACAUGGCCAGGGAAAA